AUGCUGGACCCGGGUCUGGAUCCCGCUGCCUCGGCCACCGCUGCUGCCGCCGCCAGCCACGACAAGGGACCCGAGGCCGAGGAGGGCGUCGAGCUGCAGGAAGGCGGGGACGGCCCCGGGGCGGAGGAGCAGACAGCAGUGGCCAUCGCCAGCGUCCAGCAGGCGGCGUUCAGCGACCACAACAUCCAGUACCAGUUCCGCACAGAGAAUAAUGGAGGACAGGUAACAUACCGCGUAGUCCAGGUGACUGAUGGUCAGCUGGACGGCCAGGGCGACGCGGCCGGCGCCGUCAGCGUGGUGUCCACCGCUGCCUUCGCAGGGGGGCAGCAGGCGGUGACCCAGGUGGGUGUGGAUGGGGCAGCCCAGCGCCCCGGCCCCGCCGCUGCUUCUGUACCCCCAGGCCCCGCAGCACCCUUCCCGCUGGCUGUAAUCCAAAAUCCAUUCAGCAAUGGUGGCAGCCCAGCGACAGAGGCUGUCAGCGGGGAGGCCCGAUUUGCCUAUUUCCCAGCAUCCAGUGUGGGAGAUACCACGGCUGUGUCUGUUCAGACUACAGACCAGAGCUUGCAGGCCGGAGGCCAGUUCUAUGUCAUGAUGACACCCCAGGAUGUGCUUCAGACAGGCACACAGAGGACGAUUGCGCCCCGGACACACCCCUAUUCUCCGAAAAUCGACGGAACGAGAACCCCUCGAGAUGAGAGAAGGAGAGCCCAGCACAAUGAAGUGGAGCGGAGGCGGAGGGACAAGAUCAACAACUGGAUUGUCCAGCUUUCAAAAAUCAUUCCAGAUUGUAAUGCGGACAAUAGCAAGACAGGAGCAAGUAAAGGAGGCAUCCUGUCCAAGGCCUGUGAUUACAUCCGGGAGCUGCGCCAGACCAACCAGCGCAUGCAGGAGACCUUCAAGGAGGCCGAGCGGCUGCAGAUGGACAACGAGCUCCUGAGGCAGCAGAUCGAGGAGCUGAAGAAUGAGAAUGCCCUGCUUCGAGCUCAGCUGCAGCAGCACAACCUGGAGAUGGUGGGCGAGAGCGCCCGACAGUGACACUUCGCCAGGCCUGCCGUGCAUCUGCUGCCGGCCCCUGUCCCUUCCCCAGCCCUUAGCACAGAGAGGGAGAUGCCCCUCCCCAAGCUGCGUUUUUUUAUAGUAGAUUUUUAACAAAAAAGAGGAGACAUAGUGCAUUUCUGUGGAUACAUUGCCCACCACCCUCCUCCAUGCGAAAAUAAUUGCCCACCUGCCCAUCUGUCCGUCAGCCUCCCUUCUCAGCCCUCACCAGGCCCAUCCCUUCUAGUGGGCUCACUGGGGAGGUGUGAGGGAGGAGGGCAGAGGCCCCGCCUGCCACCUCCUUGGUCUCUAGAGGUACUGAGACAGGGUGCUUAUGGGAAGGAGGGCGUUUGGGGGGGCCUUCCCUGGGGCCUGGACCUAUGCAGGGAGGCCACGCCCCCCCACCCCUCUUGUUUCUGGAUCCCUGCUCCCCUCUGGAUGUGUGUGUGUGUGUGUAUGUGUGUGUAUGUGUGUAUGCACGUGUGUGUGGGUGCGUGUGUGUUUUAAUUUUCUUUAUGGAAAAAUGGACAAAAAAAUAGAGAGAGAGGUAUUUAACUGCAAUAAACUGGCCAAUGUGGCCCCCGCCUUGUC